AUGUCCCCAAAGGACACCGUGCCAAUGCAGGUCUGCUGUGUUCAAUGGGGAGCAAAACGAAGACCACCACUGCUUAACUCUGGGGAGAGUGGGACCAGAGAUAUCGUGGCUUUAGAACGUAUCAUCAAUCUGGCCGACCAUCGGCUAAACAUCCGGCUGAGGCAUGGCUGUUGA